AUGCCAAGGUGCCGGGACAAAGCGCAGUUCAAGUACAAGGACAAGAAGGGUGAAAUUUCGUGGCACAGAUUGACCGACAUUGUGAGGGAUACCAUCGUUUAUAAAAAUUUGCACGACAUGUGGGGACCUUGGAGAAGGGGAAGCUCACUUGCAGCAUCUCCUGCAGCUGUAAAGGUAUGUGCGAGCCCUCCGAGGUACAAAGGUCUCCGAGAGAUCCACGACGACAAAGAGAUCGACAUCAUCGAGUUUAACGACCGCUAUAUGAAUCCGCUCGACGGGUAUCGCGAUGCUUGGCUGAACGGGAGAAGGCGUGCACUGUGCUACUUCGCAGCGGAAGCACACGGCAGCCCGACAAGCAUGCAAGCUACGCAACUUCGCCCCUCCUCCGUAGUAGGCUCUGUACCAGGUGAAGAGAAGGGAGACUCCGUCCAGCGCCCGAAGCCGAAUGCAACCCCGUCCCAGGACCUUCAGCUGAGCCUCCGCAUCCAAGACAUGGUCUGCGAGCUUCAGCCCUUCGCCUGCAUGUAG